AUGGCCCAGACCAUCGAUAUCACGCAGAUUUGGGCGGAGCAGAUGCCCGAGAUCGCCCAAGUGUGUUCCCAGAAGCAGCCCAGCGGACAAAGGGGCUACCGGGACGCCCGCGGCGCCGGCCACGACAGCGACGGCUCCACGGGCGCGGGCAGCGGCUCCAGCGGCCGCGCCUCCACGAGCGACGCGUCCUCCUCGAAGGACGGACGGCGACAGCGACUCCGAGCGGGACGCCUCCGCCCGCGCGCUGCCGCCGCAGCUCGGCCUCCGCCUCCCGGCCUCCUUCCGCCCGCCCCCCGGCCUGGAGGCGCCGCCCGGCGCCCCUGCGUGGGCGGCGGCCGCGGCCGGCGGGGUGCCGGCGCCGCCUCGCACGGCGCUGCGCAGCGCAGCCAGGCCCUUCCUGAGCCGGGCCAGCCCCGAGGGCGCUGCGCCUCCGGCGGCGCCCGCCGCGGCGCCGCCGACGGCCGCGCCCCUGCAGAGCGCCGCCGCGCCGGCCGGGCCGCGGCCGCUCGCGGGCGGGCCGCAGGCGCCGUGCAGCGGUGA